ACAAUGAGGAACUUCAUGCAUCAACACGAUUGAACUUUAGAUAUUUACAGUCAAAUGGUAUUGCUUUCGUGUUUUACAGCUUAGUGAAUCUUUUUUUUUUCUUUUUUGAGAAAAGCUUAGUAAACUUUAACAUUAGAAUUAUGAAUGAUAUUGUGCUUAUCGCUGUGUCUAUGUUUGUUUUAAGACUUUUGGCUAAGGCUCGAAGGAAAAACAGUUCGGUCUUGUCGUGCGUCGAACUCAAGAUUUUCCAGCUUAAAUAAAAAGAUCCACUAAAAAUUUUAUUGAAUUUCUUCCAGAAACCAUGUCAAAAAUUCAACAUUUGCUUUUCUAAAACAAUGUCAAGCAGUAGCAAGAGAUGCCUAACACUUUUGGAGAAAUGCAAGAACAUGAAACAACUAAAGCAAGCUCAUGCUCAAGCAUUCACGUCUGGUCUUCGCGCCAACAGCUUUGCUUUAAGCAGGCUCUUAGCUUUCUGUGCAGAGCCCAAUCACGGAAGCCUUACCUAUGCCUGGAAACUCUUCACACACAUUCAGGACCCCACCAUUUGUAUCUGCAACACCCUCAUCAAAGCUUUCUUUCUCAAAGGUGAAACCUUUAAAACCCUCCAAUUUUACAGCAACAUGUUGAACAAAGGCAUGUCCCCUGAUAAUUAUACUUUGCCUUUUGUGUUGAAAGCUUGUUCAAAGUUGCAGUUUUUUCACUUUGGGGAAUUGGUUUAUGGUCAUUGUCUGAAACUGGGUUUUGUGUUUGAUAUUUUUGUGGGUAACGCUUUGCUUUCUAUGUUCUGUGGGUUUGACAAUGUGAAAGUAGCAAGGUACAUCUUUGACGAUAUUCCUGGGCUUGAUGUUGUUUCAUGGACAGUUAUGAUUUCUGGGUAUGGGCAAAUGGGUGAUAUCGACACUGCAAGAUUGCUGUUUGAUGAGGCUCCAGUGAAAGAUAGAGGAAUUUGGGGGGCCAUGAUUUCUGGAUAUGUAAAAAAUAAUUGCUUUAAAGAGGGCCUUUACAUGUUCAGGCUAAUGCAAAUGAGUGAUACAGAGCCUGAUGAGGCUAUAUUUGUGAGUAUUCUUAGUGCCUGUGCUCGUUUAGGUGCUUUAGAUACCGGAAUUUGGAUUCAUAAAUAUAUGGAUCAACAGAAGCUUCCAUUGACUCUUCGUUUGAGGACUUGUCUUGUGGAUAUGUAUGCAAAAUGUGGGAAUUUGGGAAUUGCUAAAAAGCUGUUUGAUGAAAUGCAGCAAAGAGAUGUUGUUAGCUGGAAUGUAAUGAUUUCUGGAAUGGCAAUGCAUGGGGAUGGAGGAAGUGCAAUUCAACUGUUUAGGCAAAUGGAGAAAGAUGGUGUCAGGCCUGAUGACAUUACUUUUAUAGCUCUUUUUAGUGCUUGUAGUUGUUCUGGUCUAGCAUUUGAAGGUCUAAGGAUACUGGAUAGAAUGUGUAACGUGUAUAUGAUUGAACCUAAAAGUGAACAUUUUGGGUGCAUAAUUGAUCUACUUAUCCGAGGUGGGCUCUUUGAAGAAGCUAAUCAAAUAAUUCAAAGAAUGCCAGAUUCAAGCAAUCCCUCUGACGAAGCCAUUGCCUGGAGAGCAUUGCUGAGUUCGUAUUGUAGUAGCGGAGAAACCAAACUGGCUGAAGUUGCUGCUGAGAAGCUCAUGCGACUAGAAGAUCAUAGUGGGGUAUAUGUUUUGCUCUCAAAUCUAUAUGCAUCCUCAGGGAAGCAUUAUGAUGCCAAAAGAAUAAAACAGAUGAUGAAAAGCCGAGGAGUGAAUAAGGUUCCAGGAUGCAGCUCUAUCAAGAUCAAUGGGGAAGUUCACGAGUUUAUCGCGGGGGAGAAAAGCCACCUACAAAUGGAGGAAAUACACUUAAUUUUGGAGAAGUUAGACAAGCAAUUGCAUCAUGCAGGUUUGAGCCCUUAUUCAUAGCAGUGGCAAUUACUGUUGGGCUUAACUGGCUAACUGGCAAACAGCUACCUACAGCCAAAUGGUAGUGUGAAUGAAAUGUCUCCACAUCAGCAUCUCUUAAAGAGUCUAUUCGAAAAUGUCCCCAGAUUUUUACGGAUGUGUAUUGGGUGCUAUCAGUAGGAGUCACGCGCCUUAGCUUCAUAGCAAAAACAAGCAAAUAGCUUUUUGUCUGA